AGUGUGCACGACUCAGCGCAAAGCAGCGAAUUGGCGCCCGACGUCGCUACGCGUUGUCGCCGAAAUGCCGCCCUCCUCUUGCCCGACUGACCUCGGAUGGCACGGCAAGGUCGCCGUCUUCCACCUUUGCUGGCACAUCUCAGGGUUGUUGGCCAGUCAGGUGUCGGUGCCCCCCAGCGUGAGCGCCGUGCUGGGGAAGAACCUGACGUUAGAGUGCCGGGUGGACGUGGCCACCAACCUCACGCUCACGCAGAGCUCUUGGGAGCGGCGCUUGCCCACCGGCUCGGUCACUGUGGCCGUUUACAACCCGCGCUACGGCAUCUCCAUUUCCCCGGAGUUCAUCCAUCGCUUGUAUUUCCGCUCGCCCUCCUCCCACGAUGCCACGAUCGUACUGGAGAACGUGGGCUUUGCCGACACGGGCGUGUACACCUGUAAGGUGGCGACGUUCCCGCUCGGGAACACGCAAGCCUCCACUACUGUCGGUGUGCUCGUGGAGCCGAAGGUCUACGUGUCCGCGGGCUCGACGGCGCUGAUCGACGGCAGCAACGAGACGGCGGUGGCCACGUGCAUUGCGGAGCGCGCCCGCCCCCCCGCCGAGGUGUCGUGGGAGUCCGAGCUUUUCGGCCAGUCGGAGGUGCAGCUUUUCGACGACGUCAACGGGACCGCCACCACGCAAGUGCGCUACCUGUGGCGGCCCACCCGUCACGUCCGGGGCCGCUCGCUCACGUGUGUCGUCCGCCACCCGGCGCUGCUGAAUGACUUCAGGGUCCCCUACCAGCUGAAUGUGCAGUUUGCUCCCGAUAUCGCUGUGGCGGGCUACGACGGAAACUGGUAUGUUGGCAGGGACGAUGUUCGAAUGACGUGCAAAGCCAAUGCAAACCCGCCAGCUCAUCACUUCAGAUGGAUCAGGCUGGACGGUGAGAUGCCGGAAGGCGUGGAAAUCCUCAACAGCACGCUGCUUUUCCUGCGUCCUCUCCAGAAGAACGACUCUGGCGUUUACCGGUGUGAGGUGGCCAACGACAUCGACCUCCGCAGUCGGGACCUUCGCGUUCUCGUACAAGAUCCUCCCAUCUCGCCUUCCACCAUUACUGCUCCCGUCCUCUCCGCUUCCUUCUCCUCCUCCUCCUCCUCCUCCUCCUCCUCCACCCUCGUGGACGAUAAGCUCCGCGUUCAUCUGGGCUCCCCCACCCUCCAAGCGCUCCCCGAGAGUAACCUGGGCACCGUGGUGGGUGGGGCUGUGGGCGGGGCCUUGUUCCUGCUGCUGCUGCUGUGUCUGGCCGGCGUGUGGUACCUGCGCAAACGGCAGACCUUCCACGGGGACCGCUACGCCAAACGUUACCCGGGCCCGAGCGACCUCCGGAAAGCCCCCGGCGAGCGGCACCGGCUCCACGCCGCCGACGCUUCCGCCGCCGGCUCCCGUCGCCGUCAGGACCACGACCGAGAGGAGUGGGGCGGCCGCGAGCUCGAGCGUCGCCGCGGCGACGACGGAGACGAAUGCCCGUCGAACGGCUACACGCGGGCCAUGAGGGAGGGCGGUCACCGCGAAGAGCGGCAGACUCCCCCGCAGGGCCGAACGGACGAUCGCAGUCCGCGGCGGCAGCCCGGCAGGCCCAGAUACGCGCACGCCCCCAAAGCUACGAGCAACGGCGCCCCCUACGUGCCCAACGACCGCUACGAUAGCGCUCCAGAGGGCGAUUACGUCUCUCACAAAGACGGCUCGGUCAUCUCUCGUAGGGAGUGGUACGUUUGAGCGGCUGCCCGCUCCUGGCGUCCCGGUCACCGCUUUACGAAACUCGGAACACUUUGCACUCUGGAAGAAACUUGAGACGCGCUCGUGACGUGAAUGAGCCUCGUUGCGGCUGCGUUGGAAUGUUUUGUUCCGGUCGCUAAUGUUGUCGGGUGAGGAAGCCCCCGGUGGCCUCGCUUUUCUCAUUUGCACAUACCGAUUUGUUUCAGACCUUUGACCUCUGGAUAAGCUACACUGAGAUUAAAGUGCGGACCGGAACCUGAUGUACAUUCCCGCCGCCGCGAUGAAUUCUCCGCCAUUCAGAUGUUCACUUGGCCUGAGCUCUCGUUUAUGGAAGUCAAAAUGAUGCCACUGCCCUUUGCCCUUGUCUCAACAUGACUUUCAUCCUUUCAUUCUAACAACAUAUUCUCUGCGAAUUUGAUUAAUUGAAGCAUUUGAGGCUUUGCUAACCUUUUCAUACUACACACAAAAAAAAAAACAUUCUUAAUUAGUUUGUAUAUUGGUUGCACAUGAUUGAAAUGUGGUAAACUGACAAUGUUUGUGUCGUGUGCAACCGACGUACACGAUCAAAUGAAGUCCAUUCAAAGGAUUGUUUUGUUUUUGUUUUUUUUGGUUUUGUUUUGUUUUUUCCCCCCCUCCAGUGAAGGAACGUUAAGCAGGGAAGCCAGGUCGCCGCCAGCAGCUGUCGUAAGGACGUCUGCAAACGUGAACGACCCCGCCGCGCACCCGCGUUUAACCUCUCGGGUUCGGCCUCGACGUGACAAAAACCGCGUCGGACGGUUUUGGCGCCGACGCGUCCGCGGGGAGGUCGUCGCUAACGUGGCCGCCGUCACGGACCCGAGUACAGUAUUGUUCCACGGCUGCGACAUCGCCGCUAUACUAACCGCUAAUCUGUCGCCGUGUCGAUUAAAUAGUCACGUUCACGACUUCUCCUCAGAUUAAUUUAUUGUUACGAGUGUAUAAUAGCCAUACAAAUCUGAGUUUUAACUUUGCCCGCAAUGUGUUGCGUAGGCCAACGGGGUCAUUGGAAAUUUGCUUCACUCAGCUUUUGUCUUUUUCUUUUGAUGCACAUGCAACCUUGAACUGUCGUUGAUUUGUUUUGGUGGCCAAAAUAAUUGUUUUUCUUUUGGGUCCAAACGUCAGGAUAUAUUUUCAGGAGCUCUCCGAGAGGUCGAGUGUUUUUUAUGAGACGGGAUGGAGGAGAUCUGACAAUCUCCCUCUUGCACAGUAGCUUGUAAACGGUAGCCUUUUGUCGCCUUCGCAAUAUUCGCUCCAAGACGCUAAAUAUUUGCUCGUGUGUAGAAAUAAGACGACAACGUGCGCAUAACUAGACGCCAAUGAAAUGGAAGCAUAUCUUGGCGUAUCGCAGGGUCCUGUAGCUUGAAACGGAAAGACGCGUUAGGCCGCUUUACAGUAGACGUCGUCCGAUCGUGACGAUAUUAUGAGUUCGGGUGUAACUGUUGUGCUGUGAUUAGGCACGCCGUCGUCGUAGCGACACGUCGGCCAAUCGCGUGGUUUCUAAUGCGAAUUGCCGGCCGCGUAUUUAGAGGCGUGUGCUCCUCGUGUUAACGACUACCUUCAAGUCUUCGCGGCCGCAUUGUCCGGUUGACCUCCGGCGUUUGUCGAGUCGAAAGAGUGCCAUCUUUUGAGGGCACUGCUGCCAAGCGUACGAGUCAUGUGAACAUGGUUUUUUUGGUUUUCUUCCUUUUUUGAGGAGAAAAGAACUUGAAAAGACACAAAAUUGCUCUUCAGGCAACGUUCGCGUCCGGAGGAGAGUUUCUCGGGCCGCGGCCAUAUUGCGCGCCGCAGCGAUAGAAGACGCAGCUCGAUGCGCCGUUUUCAUGGCUGGCUGGCAAAACGAGCUUUUGCGGCCACCUCGCCGUCCAGGCGAACAUCCGUGUGCAGGUAACGGGACGCACGGCUGCCCAAUCCCCUCUCGUGUUCGCUUCCACGCACUAAGGCGGAAACCUCACUUAUCGAUUUUUGUGUCGGAUUCAUCGAGUUUGCUCGAGCGAAGCGAGGGCGACGAGACACCUUGGCAAAUGAGCUAGUGCCUUAGAAGAUGUUUAAUGUUUGUAGUUUUCCUGUCCAUGCUCGGUGCCAUUACUGUUGUACUGUUCUCAGUGCCAUAUGUUCCCCAUAUACUUGACAGAGUAUUGCAAACCCACUUUAGGCACUAAAAUGCAAAACCUUUGUUGUAAAUCAAUUGCGUUGACGAGUACCACAGUAAAACACUGUGAGUAGCUUACGUUCGAUCAGCACCUUUUUCUUUUCUCUGUGUGUUUGUGUGUGCGUAUACACACGUACAGUAUUCAAAAGGAAUGUAAGUUCAUGGAAGGAAAUACAUAUUUAUGUCAGUGAAGCAUUGAUUUGUCAUGUUUUUGCCCCAGAUACUUUAUCUCAAUAA